GGUCAUGGUAUGCUAACUUUGUAUGGGAAGACUUGCUUCAUAUAUUACAAGCACAGUUAUGCGCAGGUGGUCUCAAACCCAAGCAAGGGAUUCCAUCAGUUUGUCCACAAUGAUUGGUGAACUAAACAGAAUGGCUGGCUAGACUGAGACAGUGAGGAGAUGCUGUACUUCAGCUACAGGCUUCUACCCUCGGCUACAGAGUUUCUGUACAUUACUGACAGUAGACAUGCAGCUGCAGCGCUCCUACCGUCCCUGGAUUAAUUCUCCCGCAGAAUGCAGAUCCAUUCCUGGCCCCGUGCGGUGGCUAUUUAUUGACCUCAUCAUCCCUCGAUGCAACAGCAUCACCUAAAAUCAACAUGGGUCGACAAUUAGCUCUCAGUUGGCUGGCAACAUGUCUGUCUUUGGCGACAGCAACCAAUCUCUACGCUACCCACUAUGACGGUUCCGUCUACAGCCUCUCCCUUCAGGACAGCGACGGCACCUACUCCCUGUCCAUCGCCUCCUCGCUCAAGACUUGUGGCUCGAUGCCCAGCUGGCUUACCUUCGACUCGGCCUCGCGCAUUCUUUACUGCUCCGAUGAGUCUGGUGAUGCGUCCACCAAUGGAUCUCUGACCACUCUGGCGGCCGACCAGGACGGCACCCUUACGGAGAUAGCCACUGCUGCGGCACCGGGGGGCGGGGUGAACAGUAUCUUCUAUAACGGUGAUGACGGUGCUCAAUAUCUAGCCAUCGCUCACUAUGGUGGCUCCGCGAUGUCCACAUUCCGUCUCCCUUUGAAUGAUGGGGAUGAGAACCUCCAGGUUUUCCGCUACACCCUCUCAGAAACCAAACAGAACCCGCAGCAGAAUGCGCCUCAUCCUCAUCAAGUCCUCCUAGACCCGACUGGAUCAUUCAUACUCGUGCCGGACUUGGGAGCGGAUCUCGUCCGCGUCUAUGCCAUCGACAAGUCUACUGGUGAGUUGGACGGGGCCUGCCCUGAUCUGACUUAUCCAGAGGGCAGUGGACCUCGACAUGGCCUGUUCUGGCAGACGGAGCACUCUACACUCACCAGACAACUAAAGACUCGGCAGCAAGACAGUCAGAUCUUGUAUAUUGUCGACGAGCUGGACGGACACUUCAAAGGGUUCACGGUCUCCUACACGUCCGAUGGCUGUCUCGGCUUUGACGAGUUUCAGUCGUUCGAGCCAUAUACCGACGGCCAGCUACCGGACGGGGCUACGCCAUCGGAAAUUCGUCAAGCGGGCAACUCGUUGUAUGUGUCGAUCCGGAGCGAUCAAGGCUUCGCCCCCAACGACUCAAUGGCGAAUCUAGACCACACUUCGAAUAACACCGUCACCUUGAACGAGCUCACCUCAUCGUACGGAAAGGUGCCCCGGACGUUUGUGAUCAACAAGGCGGGCGAUUUGGUUGCGAUUGGCGAUCAAUCGUCGUCGAAUGUUGCGAUUGUAACGCGGGACCCGCAGACUAGAAAGCUGGGGGAUGAGGUGGCGAAUGUGCAGAUCGGCGAACCGGGGGUGGUUGGUACGUCGACGGGAUUGAGCAGUGUGGUAUGGGAUGAGUAG